AACACUAAUCAAGUUUUUUUUUUUUUUUCUUUUUAUUAUCAUUAUUAUCUUAUUUUAAAGUUGUCUACUUUCUUGACUGGGCAUUGCAAAUAUUUUAAUUUUGAUCUCUUGGAAUUCUUGAAUUUUCGAAAUCCCUGGUACGGAGGGUAUUCGGUGUCUUCAGGUGGAUUCAAGAAUUAGGGUUUCUCUUCGAGGCUAUUUCGUUAUCCAGAGAUUAUGUUAACAAGUGAUCACAUACUAGCGUCCGCUCUGCAUAAAGGCCCAGGUUACCGGGCUCUCUGUAUAUGAUGAUCCUCAAAGAAUUUCGUAUUAUGUAUCAGUUGAAAUCAAGAAUUGGGGCUGUCAUUUUCCGGCUUUUUCAUUAUCAAGUAUGGGAUCUCUUUUUUAUAUGGAGGCUUACUGUUGAUUUACGUGUGUCCUAUGGUUGGUGCUUGUUUGGACGUAUGGAUAUUGAUGUUCAAUCAUCUGCAAAAGCUUACCCGUUCUCUUAUAUUGUCUGCCACUCCCAUACUAGCUCACAGGGCUUGCCUUUGUUGAUACCGGUCUCUAAAUUGUGGCUUAUAGUCGGCUCACUAUGCCCCAUUGGUGGCUGCUUUCUUGGAGGGGUUCCUGUUAAGCUUAUUGGACAUUCGUUGGUUACUUCGGCGUGUGAAUUUUUUAUUUUCAUUUGUAUCCGAGUCCCUGUUUACAAAAGAUCAGGUGCCGUCGUUCACACCUUAUAGGUUUCUUAGUCUUAUUAAGGGUAUUGAAUUUUUACCCAAAAGGUAUGGUUUGAUGUUUGAUAUAGGUAUCCGUUGAAUUCUGAGCAGGGGCAUCUCAGGCAUUAAAUGCCUAAAGCGAACUUAUGAAUUCAGGCCUUACCAAUUCAAAAGACUUGAACCCGGAACCUUUUUGGCUGUUGGGACGCCUUGCUAUUGAGGCGAAAGACCCUUUACUUCACGAACAGAGUUUGAUUCUACAAUUAUGGUGUGGUGAGGUUUGAAAGUACCAUACAUGUUCCUUAACAGCUGACAAGUAUAUAUGUGAAAUUUUGACUUAUAUUCUAGCUGGGUUUACGGUUUACAACUAAACUAAAAGUUCAAUUUUCAUCCCUUGGUUCUUCGUUAAGUGCAUAUUAAAGAUUUAUAAUGAUUUAGGAUUUUUAUUAGUGAGUAGUUCUGCGUUUAAUGUAAUUCAGCACAUGAGUAUAUAUAGUAUGAUGGUCAACUUUCAGACAUAUCGACUCCUUUGAAUGUGUACACUCGACCAAACAUGCAGCCAUACAGGAUUGAAUUCCUGAAAGAUUUUGAUGAGUCAUUUCCUUAAUAUCCAGCCUUCAGCUACUGGUAAAAGUCAUUUACUCGUAAGUCGUAACUAUUUAAGCAGCCAAACUGGGUAAGUUGUGGUACAGAGCAAAGUGGUUUGCCAUGACUUGAAACAGAGUGUAGAUUUCUAAUUUUCUAUUAGUAGUUGGUGUCAAAUAUGAUUUUACUAUCUCAAUAAUACCACUUAAACUUAGGUGGCUUUGUAUGUCAGUGUCAAAUUUGACUUUCUGCCCAUUUGACUUUUUCGUAAUGAAGCAUAACCCCAAUCGACCCAUGGUAAGUAAAUGGGCUGAUAUUGCCACCUCGAGCAUUGCAUCUGAAGUUUGCUUGUGCUAAAUACUUACUGUCUAUGAUGAUGAUGACCUGUUGUGUAAUACUUACAGGCAUCAUGGGAUAUGGCGGCAUCUCCCUUUCCUACUAAAGGAGCUUAAGUGAUGAUCUCACUUAAGGCUUAUGUGUCGGCUUCUAAGCCUGUACACAUCAGAAAAUACACCUAAAAUACACAUAAUUGAUUAUGUCAUGUAUGUGUUUUUUUUUGUAUAAAUAAAUAUAUUGGUGGGCCUUUUGUGUAAGAGAUGGCUUCUUGAGAAGCCUUGGAUUUAGCUUCUCGAAGAAGUUUAUUCUCUUUAUUCAAAAAAAUAAAAGCUUUUAUGUUUAUUAGAGAAAAAAAAAUCAGAAUUCAAAUUUUUGUCGCUCUCGAAUCUGAUCUG